CACCGGAGUCGCUCCGCGCUCCCAGAAUGCACCGGCAGUCCGCGGGAAACCAAAAUGGCGAAGGGCUGUAGCGAAGUGGGCUGUGUUUGAGGCCGGUGUAAGAAGGCUCACUCUACUCUCAACCCUCAUCCCCAGGACCUCGGUUUGUGCGUGUGCGUGUUCGGGGUGCCCGGUGGGGCGGGUGCCCAGUAGUGCUUGGACUCGCAGAGGAAGCGCCCAAGGGGACGUGAUUGGUUGUUUUUUCCUGUAUGAAGCGGUUGGCACCACUGAAGUGACCGAAUGAGAGACUCUACAGGGGCAGGUAAUUCACUGGUCCACAAGCGGUCUCCUUUACGUCGAAACCAAAAGACCCCAACAUCCUUGACCAAGCUGUCUUUACAGGAUGGACAUAAAGUCAAAAAGCCAGCAUGUAAAUUUGAAGAGGGUCAGGAUGUCCUAGCUAGAUGGUCAGAUGGCUUGUUUUAUCUUGGAACUAUCAAAAAGAUAAACAUAUUGAAACAGAGCUGCUUCAUCAUAUUUGAAGACAGUUCUAAAUCCUGGGUUCUCUGGAAGGACAUUCAAACAGGAGCCACUGGAAGUGGGGAAAUGGUCUGUACAAUAUGUCAAGAAGAGUAUUCAGAAGCUCCCAAUGAAAUGGUUAUAUGUGAUAAGUGUGGCCAAGGAUAUCAUCAGUUGUGUCACACACCUCAUAUUGAUUCCAGUGUGAUUGAUUCAGAUGAAAAAUGGCUCUGUCGACAGUGUGUUUUUGCAACAACAACAAAGAGGGGUGGUGCGCUUAAGAAAGGACCAAAUGCCAAAGCAUUGCAAGUCAUGAAGCAGACAUUACCCUAUAGUGUGGCAGACCUUGAAUGGGAUGCAGGUCAUAAAACCAAUGUCCAGCAGUGUUACUGCUAUUGUGGAGGCCCUGGAGACUGGUAUUUAAAGAUGCUACAAUGCUGCAAAUGUAAGCAGUGGUUUCAUGAGGCUUGUGUGCAAUGCCUUCAAAAGCCAAUGCUGUUUGGAGACAGGUUUUAUACAUUUAUUUGCUCUGUCUGCAGUUCUGGACCAGAAUACCUCAAACGUCUACCAUUACAGUGGGUAGAUAUAGCACACCUAUGCCUUUACAACCUAAGUGUUAUUCACAAGAAGAAAUACUUUGAUUCUGAACUUGAGCUUAUGACAUACAUUAAUGAAAACUGGGAUAGAUUGCAUCCUGGAGAGCUGGCAGACACACCAAAAUCUGAAAGAUAUGAGCAUGUUCUGGAGGCAUUAAAUGAUUACAAGACCAUGUUUAUGUCUGGGAAAGAAAUAAAGAAGAAGAAGCAUUUGUUUGGGUUGCGAAUUCGUGUUCCUCCUGUGCCACCAAAUGUGGCUUUCAAAGCAGAGAAAGAACCUGAAGGAACAUCCCAUGAAUUUAAAAUUAAAGGCAGAAAGGCAUCCAAACCUAUAUCUGAUUCAAGGGAAGUAAGCAAUGGCAUAGAAAAAAAAGGAAAGAAAAAAUCCGUAGGUCGUCCACCUGGCCCAUAUACAAGAAAAAUGAUUCAGAAAACUGCUGAGCCACCUUUGGAUAAGGAAUCAAUUUCAGAGAAUCCUACCUUGGAUUUACCUUGUUCUAUAGGGAGAACUGAGGGAACUGCACAUUCAUCUAAUACCUCAGAUGUGGAUUUCACGGGUGCUUCCAGUGCAAAAGAAACUACCUCGUCUAGCAUUUCCAGGCAUUAUGGAUUAUCUGACUCCAGAAAAAGAACUCGUACAGGAAGAUCUUGGCCUGCUGCAAUACCACAUUUACGGAGGAGAAGGGGUCGUCUUCCAAGAAGAGCACUCCAGACUCAGAACUCAGAAAUUGUAAAAGAUGAUGAAGGCAAAGAAGAUUACCAAUUUGAUGAACUCAACACAGAGAUUUUGAAUAACUUAGCAGAUCAGGAGUUGCAACUCAAUCAUCUAAAGAACUCCAUUACCAGUUAUUUUGGUGCUGCAGGUAGAAUAGCAUGUGGUGAAAAAUACCGAGUAUUGGCUCGUCGGGUGACACUUGAUGGAAAGGUGCAGUAUCUUGUGGAAUGGGAAGGAGCAACUGCAUCCUGACUGUAGGACUGAACAUUAUGUUCACUGCACUCUCAUUUUCUGUAGGUACAGUUCAAAGCCCUAAAGGAUAAAGGAGUCUGGCUUUUACUAUCUUUCUUAAAAAAAAAAAAAAAAAAAAGUCAAAAAAAUUCACAAAAGGAGAUAAUAACUAGCCUUAACAUGUACCUGUCAAUGUUAUGGAUAUUGUCAUAAAAAGAUAUCUUUUAAAAAUCAGAACAGAGACUUAAUUUUUUAAAUCUUAAGAUUUGUAGAAUGUUUCUAGGAUAGGAUAUUAAAAAUGAUUCAAAUCCAUGCAUGGUGUUAGAUAAUUUUUCUAAUUAUUCCAUUGAGUCAGUUUUUGUGAUUAGUGGUUAUCAGAUCAAACAGAUCAUGUAGAUAGAUAGCACAAGUAUUUGGAGAAACGUUGUCUGUUUUGUUACCAAAAUGUUGGAAAAAAUUUAUUUCAAUACCUUUCAGAUUUCAUAAAGUGCAGUGUAUAUAAUGCCUACUAAAAGACUGUAAAAUAUUGAAAUUUUCUUUCAAGCAAAUGUAAAAAAUAUAUUGAGCCUGUAAAUUGCUCUGUGACUAGACUUCAUUGUCGUCUUAAUAUAUUCUUUGCAUGUGCAUAUAUAUACACAGGUGUGUAUAUAUAUGUGUGUGAUUAUGUGACCUAUGCAAUACAAAUUAUGGGAAUGGGCAGCUUUGGAGUAUAUAUCCCAUAAUUCUUUUUUCAGGAAUAGUUGCAGUAUUUACACAGCAGCAUUUCUUCUCAGGCUUUUAUUGGGUGCUGUUGCUUGCUAUGUAUGAAGAGAAAUGUGUCAAACAAAUUUAAAGUUUAGUGUGUUCUGAAGAAGGGUGUGAACAACAGUGUUCAUGGGCUUUUAGAAUGCUUUUCACUUUCAGUCCUUGUAACUCAGCUGUUCAGUACCUAAAACCAAUUCAAAUAAUAUGAACAUUAUCUCCUACUAGAAGUAACGUUUUCAAGUUUUCAUGGCACAUGAUGAUUGUAAAUGUCUCUCAGUUUUAACAGUAAGUCUAUAGGAGUCCCGUGAAGAUUCCUGAAAUGUCUGUAGUAACUGUUAGUCAUGUUGAAUAAGUGUAGUAUGAACAAAGUAUUUUAUUGCACAGGGUUAACAAACAGUAUGUUGCCUGACAAGGCUACUGCUGUUUUAUUACAACAUUACCUCUUGUUUUUAUAAAAUGUACCAAGAUUUAAAUUGAUAACUUUAUUUUACAUGUAAAAAAACAGUUUCUUUUAUCACCAGUGUUAGUUGUCUUCUGUUUCUUUUUGUUUUGUUUUGUUUGUUUGUUUUCUUUUUUAGCCAAAGAGUAAACAGAAGAAUAUUCUUAUUUUGGUGGCUAUUCAUUUUACUCUUAAAAGUGAUUGGUGGAUUUUGCCUAAAAAUUGGGGAAUUUGCCGCCAAAAUGAAAAAUAUGUAAAGUGUAGUGGUUACAGAGCGGUAAGAAUGUGGGUUAGUACUUAUUUAUUCCAUUGAUUGAUUAUUUGACUGUUUAUAAAGAAAGUUGCUUUAUUUCUUUAAACAUCUUCAAAAGAUGACCUUUUCUUGUCACAUUAUAGCCAAAAGAAGCAGAGAACUUCGUUGUCCUGCAUUUGGUUCCUGGUUGGCCAGGUAUAAAUGAGCUUUACAAAAGUGCAAAUUAAAAACUGUCACUUCUGUUUACCUCCACCAAAACUUGAUUUUCCCCUAGCUAUUAAUUUAAAGUUGCCUUUCCUGCAGCUGCAAUAUUUUGAAUAACACACAGAGUUUGUGUUGAUUUUGAAUGUUUGUUUAUAUCUAGGGGUAAUGGAAAAUGUAAAUCCCGUGUAACCUUAUUCACUCCACCUGUAUCAUAUUAUUUCAUUUUUCCCAAAGUCCUUUAAUUCUAACUGAACACCAGCAGUAUUUUAGUAACUCUUUCUUUAGUAUACCUGGAAGAUGAUUUAUUAAGCUGAACUGUCUUUAGACGUAAUUAUUGUGAAUGUCUGUUUUAUUUUAUCAUGGUGGUUCCACAUGGCUCUGAUGUUCAGUUUGUAUUUUUGGAAUUGCUUUACUUAGAAUUAAAACAGACCAACAUUAAAUGUGUGUAUUUUUUAAAGAGCUAAUGAGUUUUGCUUCUGUAUUUGCUUGAAAAUACACACUGAUGCAGUGGAUGACUGCUUUUAUUUAGUCAGGGAGCUAAGGAUUUUCCAAUUCCAUUGUAAAUAUGUUCACUUGAAUUAAUCUUUAUGAAACUUGGCUUUUAUUUUCCGCUUGUCCCUCAAAUAAUAUUAAUAAUUAUUGCAUGUUCAUCUAAAAUGAUCCUUUAAAAAAAAAACUGCUUAAUCAGCUCGUACACUUCCUGCUUGAAAGACAGUAUAUCUCCCUCUAUCUACCUUGUCCCCAAAAUUCAAAAAAAAUUCAGACUUUUCAACUGUUUUUUUCUUUUUGCUUAUGUAGAAGGUGUCAGAUUCACAUCAAAGGAUUUUGGUUUUCUUUCCUUAAAAGCUUUGCUCCUAGACUGUAGAAGGAAAAGAUGUAAAAAUAGUAUGCCUUACUCGUUUUAAUUACAUUUUUAUUCAAAACAAUACGUUUUUAUAAAUAUCCUGAUGAUGAUUAAGUAUGGAUUCUUAUAUGAUCUAACUAGAUCAGAAUAUGAGCUAUCAGUUAUUCUAUAAAUUCUAAUGUACGAGUAAUGAAGUCAGAUCUUGCUAGUCAUCUUUUGUUACUAAAUGUUUAACAAGUGAAUGUUUACUAAUGUGUGAGUUGAGGAUUCCUCUCCCCUUAUAUUUUGCAAGUUAUGUCCAGCUGUACAUGUUUGGUUUCUGUUGUGUAUAUAUUCAGAAGAUUUCUGUUAAUGAGCCUUGGGGGUAGAACUAAUUCUUCUAAACUACUUGGUUGAGUUUCUACCAGGUACUAUUAAGUUUUGGUUGGAGCAUGAUCUGACUUGCAUAGUUACAGCAGACUGUUGUAUAUGUAGUUCUAGAGUUGUUUGAAUGAGGAUGUGAUGGCACAGGAAGAUGUCCCUGCAACUUUGGGAAAUAGUAAAAAAAAAAAAAAAAAUGCCCUGUUUAAUGUGGGGAAGUUUUCCUCUUUAAAUUAUAUUUGAGUACUUCUACAAAUACCCACUCCCAAAAGUCUCCUUUGGUUUCUUCUGUGGCAGUCGAUCAGUCAUCUUCUUUCCUCAGGAAAAUAAAAACUUGGCAGUUAAAUGUAAAGUGAGAAUUUUAUCUGCAUGGAUUCUUUUCUAAUUAGUAGCAGUUAAGAAACCAGAUGUCAGACUGAUAAAAAUUUAGAGAUGAGAGAAGCUAUGAAAGCAAACUGAUUGGCUCUCUGAAUAUCAGCAAAUAGAAUGGGAUUAAGUACAAUAUUUGUAAUUUUUAAGUUAUAUCAGGAUGUCUUGGAGCAAUAGCUAGAUCAAAAUAUUAUACUGUCUUUAUGUUUAAAAUUAGAAUAAGACUGCAAAUAAACUAGCUCACUCUAUUUUUCUCCCCUUCCCUUCUUACCCAGCAAAAUCCCUCUUUGCUUCCUCCCCUUGCAUUUUCUCUUUCUUAGAGAUGAUGAGUAUUGAAACUGUAUGCUUAGUAAUAGUAACUCCUCACUUUUGCAACAUCUUCAAGGAAUGUGAUAUCUCGUUCAAGAAAAUUCCACUGGAUUUAAGCAAACAAACAAAUGAACAAAACUUCCAUAGAUGAUAAAAUGUACUUAUUGGAUAAAACAAAACAAAAAUAUAUCUUGUUCAAAAUCAUUAGUCUAAUUUUUGUUCCUUGUAUUUACCAAAAAGUAUUCAGUCUUUUCUCUCUUUUUCUUUCAUGCUUUCACAGUAAGGGUGAUACAGUCUCAAAACAGGCACAGAUUGGUUCAUGGGGGCCAGAAGGCAGAAAAAGUCUUAGAUAAUGGUUUGUGGCCCUCCAGAGCUCAACUCUAUCCAACAAAAAUCUUAUUCCUUAGUAUUUAAUUACUUUCAUUGAGUUUUCUUGAAUAUCACAGGAGUAGCACUGACACUGAGUUCAUGGAACAAAAAAUAUGCAAGAUUGGUGCUACAAAACUAUGGUAGAUAAUGGUUUUAAAAUUUGGAGGGCUCUGUUCAAUCUUAAAGUCAUAGUGUGAGAGAUAGUCUGCACAUGCCUAUGAGCUUCUGCUGUCUCCCUUGUGGAUGUUUAUGUUUGAUCCUUAGUGCUUUUGUGUGUGGCCUAGGCUUGGGAAUUAAAUAAAAGUAGCUUACAUUUGUUAUUGAGUUCUACCAAGUUUAUUCAACCCAUCAUUAAUUAUGUCAAGUGCUGAAAAAAAAUGUUGGUAUUAUCUGAGUAUCUAGCAGCUAGUUGAAAGGUUUAUUUUAUUUUAUUUUUAAGAUUUUUUAUUUAUUUACUUGAGAGAAAGAGUGAGAGAGAGCGAGUGGGCACAAGGGGUUGGGGAGAGGGGCAGAGGGAGAGGGAGAAGCAGAUUCCUUGCUGAGCAGGGAGCCCGACGUGGGGUUCAAUCCCACGACCCUGGGAACAUGUCCUGAGCCGAAGGCAGACGCUUAACUAACUGACCCACCCAGGUUCCCCUGAAAGUUUUUUUUUUAAGUAACUUUUUCAUAUCAAGCAGAAGUUAAAAGUAAGCUUACCAAAAACAGUUCUUUUAAAAAAUCAAGUUUUUCAAAUGUUUGGAAGUCUUAAUUACUAUUAUAGUGUUUCUAUAAAUUAAUAAUUGGCAUAUGUAAUUUUAGAUACAUAACAAUUUAUAUAAGUAAAUAAAUUACAUUAAAUUAAAUACUCAAAAUGAGGUUGUAAAUUUAAGUUAAAUGUUAAUAGCAUCUAGUAUAAAUAAUAUAUGCUUAGUGAAGGAUUAUGAUUAGUAUUGUUUUGGCCGUUAAUUGACCCCUUACAUAUUUUAUCUUUAGUACUAUUAGUGGAAUGUAAGGGAAUUUUACCUAUACAGAAUUUGAGACAAAAACAAGAUUUUCUGGGGCACCCAGGUGGCUCAGUCGGUUAAGCAUCUGAGUCAAUUUCAGCUCAUUUGGGAUCUCAGGGUUGUGACAUCAAGCUUGAGAUCGAGCCGUGUCAGGCUCUGCACUGAGCGUGGAGUCUGCUUGAGAUUCUUUCUCCCUCUGCGGCCCCCCAUCUGUGCUCACUUGCUCACUCUCAAAUAAAUUAGAAUCUUAAAAACAAACAAAUGAGAAUUUGGGUCCCCUUUGCAAAAUAUAUAAAGCUUGCUUAGAUAUCUGUGAAGUUAAACUUUUCCUUGAGGAUGAAGCAUAUUGGAGAGGGUUUUGGAAAAGAAAGCCUAUUAGCUCAUCUAAGAUUUGUAGAGGCACAGUUUGGUUCCUGUAUUCUUUUAUUACCAAAUCUCUUCCAGAAUCCAAGAGCGGAUCUGUAACAGGUCUGUUUUUUACUUUGUAUUAUAAUUUUGCAUAACCUGGUAUUUUAGACUUUUUAUGUUAUUUUUUACUUUUUAUGUUAUUUUUAUCUUUGGAUGUAAAGUUUCCAGUGAAGAAUUUUGUCAUCAGAAACUCGUUCUUAAUACCUCUUAAUAAACUAUAAUUUGUUCUUUAAGCAACUUUUUUUCUUUUAAGAUAUUUAUUUAUUUGACAGAGAGAGAGAGUGAGAGCACAAGCAGGGGGAGAGGCAGGGAGAGACUGCUGGAUCCCAGGACCCUGGGAUCAUGACCUGAGCCAAAGGCAGAUGCUUUAAUGACUGAGCCACCCAGGCGCCUCCUUUAAGCAACUUUUAAGCCAUUAAAUGAGACCAGAAGUAUUUAAAAUGCCACUUUAUUAGAAGAUUUUUCUAGAAUGUAUUAAGUACUUCAUGUUUUUAAAACACUAUCUUUAGCAUGUUAACCUUCUCCUAAUUACUGAGAGAUUGUGAACAUUUAUUUUAUGUUGCUGUAAUAUGGUGGUACUCUCAGGGGUCUAGAUGUGGGUAGGGGCAUCAGUCAUUACUCUUUUUUUUUUUUAAGAUUUUAUUUAUUUAUUUGACAGAGAGAGACACAGCUAGAGAGGGAACACAAGCAGGGGGAGUGGGAGAGGAAGAAGCAGGCUCCCCGCAGAGCAGGGAGCCCGAUGCGGGACUCAAUCCCAGGACCCUGGAAUCAUGACCUGAGCGGAAGGCAGAUGCUUAAUGACUGAGCCACCCAGGCGCCCCAGAUCAGUCAUUACUCUUAAUGACUUAGGCUAGGUGGUGCUUUUAUAUUAUUCUUGUCUGCUUUACUAUAUCUUCUGUGGCAGUGCCUAUGUUAAUAAACCACAUUUAUUUACAGUGCAUUGAGUGGCUUUCUCCCUUUCCUUUCUCCCACCUAGCUUCUAAACAUUAAUUUGCUGUAGAAUGGAAAAAAAUUAAGCAAGGUUUUCUGGGACAAAGAGAUAACCACAUAAAUAAAAUUUUAAACUUCAUUUUACCCAACUUCUGAUUUUUUUGUUUUAGAUUCUUGAGUGGGUUUUCAAGAGUGAUUUCCUUUGAAAAAGUAGCUGGCUUUUUAAAUAUUCAUUACUUAAAAUAAUCUCUCAUUUUGUUUUUCUUGCUUCCUAUUUUAUAAUGUGUAAGUGGUUGAGAUUUUUAGAAAUCUGACAGCGGAGUAAGUUAAGACUGUAAUGUAGGUUAUUUUGUGCCUUAAGAUAACUUCUUGGAAAACAGCACCAUUGUUUUCUAUUAACUCGUAAGUGGAGUAAGAUAAAAGCAAAAUUGCAAUAUCAUUGGACCAGUUAUAAAUCUGCUCUUGGAUUCUGGAAGAGAUUUGGUGAUAAACAGGAACGUCGGAACCAAAACUGCCUCCGUGGCUUAUAGUUGAGCCAGGUGGCUUUUCUUUUCCAAGAGGUAUUAGAUUCAAUGGCUUAUGCCCUCUCUGUAUUAUGGAAAAGAGAAAAUAGUGUCUUGUCUAGUGUGGACUUGUCAUAUAAGGAUGGCAAAUUGACAUGGCUUUAUUACAUGCACAUACAUAAUGGUCAUAAAGUAGCUUAAAGGAACAGAGAAGAGAUGGUAUUUCAAUCAGAGCAAUAAUUAACUACUAAUUUCCAUAACUUUAUAGGUUAAAUGAGUGCAGGAAUUGAUACUAGUAAUUUAACUUUUUGGUGUUUCAAGUGCUGAAGUUGACUGCAAUUAAAAUGUCAAGGGUCAGAGGAUCGUAAUUUCUAAGAAAAUAGGUGUUUUAGCAAAAUCAUGUAAACUAAUGUUUGUCAACUAAAUUUAUUUUUUGUUUGUUUGGUUUUGGUGCAAAAAGGUGGUUUUAUUAAAGCAUGGGGACAGGACCUGUGGGCAGAAAGACUAAAUUUGGUUUGUUUUAUGAACUUGGCUAAAAUCAGGAAAAUGUAAAAUUUUAAGUUACCCAUGCUUGUUACUUUUUUUAUGUGGAAGGUAUAAUUUAAAAUGUUUCGGUGGGACUAAACUCUUGAUUUUUUAAAAAAAUAUUUUUGAAAUGAUUUUCAAAAGUUUGAAAAUACUUUUUUUAAAAUUUUUCUUUUUUAAAGAUUUUAUUUACUUGUCAGAGAGAGAGCGAGUUGAGCACAAGCAGGGGGAGCAGCAGGCAGAGGCAGAGGGACAAGCAGACUCUGCCCUGAGCAAGGAACCCGAUGUGGUACUCGAUCCCAGGACCCUGGGAUCAUGACCUGAGCCAAAGGCAGAUGCUUAACUGACUGAGCCACCCAGGCGUCCCUGAAAAUAUUUUAAAACUAAGUUUGUACUUAGAAGGUAGUACUUAAUAUAAAGGCUCGUGCUCUUUAAAAUACAAUUUACAUUUAUUUGGGGGCCGUUCCUACACAAAAUAUAUAUGCUGUCAGCCAUGUUAUUAUAAUAGAUUUUAUCUGCUAAUGGAAGAUGCCAGUGUCUUAGAUAAGCAAAAUUAGCAAAAUACAGUCAUACAUAUAUUUGGAAUCUGAGGGCUUUAUAUUUGGUUUAGGCUCACUGAAAUUAAUUUUGUGUUCCUUAAGCACACUACUUAAAAAAGUAAAAGUAGGAUAACUUAGAAACAUGGCAGAGUUAAAAGGGGAGUGCUGGGUUAAAUUUUUUUAAUAGAGAAUAACAGAAUAUUGAUCCAUACCUAAUACCAAGUUAGGUUGAAAAUGUAAACCUUCACUAUUAAGAACAUUAAGAUUUAUAUUGCAGUGAAAAGACCAUGAUAAAAUAGAACUUCAUCUAUUCAUCAUGAUUAUUUGCUUUAGAUAAUAGCAUGAUUUUUUUUUUUUAAUUACAGCGUAUAUGAGAAUAUACUUUGGUUUUACAUCUUUUAAAAUUGUAUCCUUAACACAGGACAUUUUAAAUUGAGAAGUUGCACUGAACUCAGUUUAAGAUAAGCCACUGCUUAUUUACAAAUAAAAUUCAUUUCAUAAAUUUAGGUAAAAUAUAGUUUUAGUAAAAUAAAACUCAAAUCUAUUUCCUAAGAACUUCAUUAUUGUUCUUUGAAAAUAAAAACAAAGUUUAUUUUUCUGGAUGUUUCAACUGCUAUUCUACUGAGGUGUUUGUAUUAGUUUCCUAGGGCUGCCUUAACAAUUUACCACAAACUUGGUAGCAUAAAACAACAGCAAUUUAUCUCUCACAGUUCUUGAGGCUAGAAGUCUGAAAUCAAGGUAGUGGCAAGGUUGAUUCCUUCUGGGUAAUAGCCAGCAAUCCUAAGCUGUAGAUACAUCACUCCAUUUCCUGCCUCCAAUUUUAUAGCUUUAUCCUCUGUCAAAUCUCUCUUCAUAAAGGUGGCAGUUAUUGAAUUAAGGGCCCACCCUAAAGCCAGGAUGAUAUCAUCUCCAGAUCUUUAACUUAAUUACAUGUGCAAAGACCCUAUUUCUAAAUAAGGUCCAUUCACAGGUACUUUAGUUAGGACUUGGACAUUGGUUGGGGAGGGGGGAGAUACAGUUCAACCCACUUCAGUAUUAUUACAGGAUUUUUUUUUUUUUGUAUGUUUCAGUUCCUUAAAAUGGUGUUGCAAACCAUUUUGUGCUAUUGUUUAUUCAAAUGCAACACUCAUUCUUGGAAUACCUACAAGUUGCUGUGAAGAAAGAUGAAAUACUAGGAGCCUUGGUCUGAAUUCUUAAGUUAUGAAGGGCAGAGACAUAAAUACAGCUAAAUUUAAGGUGAAAUGUGGUAAGUACUAUGGAAUAUUUGUCAGAGUUCCAUAGGAACCUGGAGAGACAUUAGAGAAAGACUUACUGACUUAUUAUUUGGAUUUGGCUUUGAAGGAGGGUCAGCUUUUGACUGGCAAAAAUAGGAUAGGAUAAGAAACAGUAUAAAUAAGUUCAGAGAUGGAUGUUGGUUAAGGGGGUUUUAAGAGGUAUAGAGAAUGGCACAGUUUGGGGAGGUAGGUCAUAAACAUGAGAAACAACAUUGGAAAAGAUGACUACAAGUAUCCAGAUAGGUGCUAUAUAUAUCACUAGAGAAAUGAGAUUGUGUUGGACUGCAAUAUUUGUUAGGUUGUACCUUGAGGAGUGGGUUAGCUUAAAUAUACAGGCUAAGGGAGAGAAAAUCUCAGCAGUUCAAAAUGAAGGAGCAGAGUAAGAAUAGGCCUGGAGUUGAGACUGAACCAUCUCACUUGGUAUUUUGGUGUCUGUUGUAUUUCAAGAGACUACUGGGAGGAAAAUGUGAAAUAGAGUUACCUUCAUCCCUUAGUGUUCUCUUUCCUGGGAAGAUAGGAAUGUGUAUGUUCAGCUAUUGAAAGGGGUCAGAGUGGCAAGAGGAUUUGAGAAGGGAGAGGUUUUUUCCUGGGGCCUGGCUGUGGAGGACAUUUGAGAGAAAGGAAUUACUAGGGAAGACUUAAUGAAGGAGUUUAAACUGGGACAAGAAUGAUCUGAACCUGUAGAAAAGGGAGCACAAUAGGGCAUUACAGAGUGCAGGAGGAAGAAGCGAGGUCAUGAAGCAUACACAAAAGGGUUGUGAUCUGAUGUGGGUGAGGCUGGAAAAGAUGAGGAUUCUGAUGGGCCUGCUGUGAUGGGACUGCCACGCAAUAGUAUGUUUUGAGAUUACUUUGGCACUGGUAUGUAGGAUCACUUAGAGGAAAAUGGUGUGAAUGCCAAACCUAGAUUUACAUGGAGGUGAAUUUGAGGUAGUAGAAGCAGUGGGAAUGCUAGAAAUAUGAGAGUGAUUAGGGAGCUGAGCUGACAGUACUUGAUGACUGAGCAGCUAAGGGGUCUUUUUAAGUUUUGAGAACCUGAAAAGCCUAGUGAUAUUAAAUGGAACAGAGAGGAGCAGGCCUACUUAACAGCAAAGAAGGAAGAUAGGCUUGGUUGGAAUAAAAAGUUCAUGCUUGAAAGUAAUGGAAGAAGUAAAGAAGUAGGUGGGGUUAGGACCAUGUUACUGGGCAUUUCCCAGAAGCUUAUGUUCUUUAUUAUUAAAAAUUUGUUCAUUACCAUUCAUUAAGCAAAGACCUAAAACUUGAGUAAGUUCCUUUAUGGUGGUACUGUGGCAGGUGUGUAGAAAAUUUUCAAUAAAAAUAUGAGAGUUUUCUGUCUUAGGUAUUAUCAUAGAGAAAUAAUUAGUUUAGAGCAGAUUUAUGGUGUUAGCUGAACAAAAGCAAGUAAUAACCUGUAUAUAUCGUGGGAAACUUGUGAUUUAUUCUGAAGCAAAAGCACUUGGGGGUCUUUCCAAGAGAAUACUUUGUGGGGCUUUUUAGGUGGACACUUGUGGAUUUGGAAGCCCGUUUUGUGCUCUAAAGUGGUGUUGCAUAAAAAGGUUGUAAUAAAAAUCGUAAUUGGAAAUAAUUUCUGAAAAGAAUAUUGAAAAUAAUGUGCAAAUAGUUUGAUUUUUUAAAUGAAUGAGGAAAAGAGUGUACUGGAAAGAAAAAUUAAUGAUAAUACUUAAAAUAUUAAUAAGAUAUUCAUAGUGAUAGUAAAGUGUCAGGUGGUUUUCUUGGCUAACACUAAAAAGCAGCAUUAAAAUAUUUCAAGUAAUUACUGAAUCUGACCUCAUUGAAAAAUUACACUAUUUUUUCUUUGGUAUUGAGAAGUAUAAAUUUAGGUUUAGAAAAUGACAAGCAUGUUGCCAUAGCCCGGUAAUAGGGAACCUUAAAAAUUAACUAAAUAUUACAAUUAACAAGUAAUUCAUCCCUUUUAUACGUAACCUGGAGUAGUUUCCGAUUCUGGAUUUUCCUGUUAUAGAAAUUAUUCUCACUUGGGGUGAAGAGUACUCCUUUUCCAUAGCUAAGCCUGACUUGGAGGAAAUAAUGCUAAUGUUUCUAACGUAUUGCUUUUCUGCUUAACCCCAAAUUGUUUCUCAGCUGGCACCAAAAGGGAGAAUUAAUGAAGUAGUCCUAAGAGAAUGAAGCUGUGGUUUAGAAGAAAAGGGCAUUGGAUGUGGUAGAUGAGAAAAACAAGGGAGGAAAUCUUCUAUCAGUUUUUUUCCUUAAAAGGAAAAGCUUUACUCUUUUCUAACUAUGAUAUAAAAGUAAAUUCGUACAACACAAAACUCUGAAAAUCUUUCAUUCUACAGUCCAGAGAUAAUGGUAUAUAAAUAUAGCCUUAAACUUGUAGACUUAUUUAUUUUUACUAAAAGGUUAUGUUUUGAAACUUCACAUUUCACUUAAUAAACGGCCUCAUCUUUGCAUUAACAAAUACUGUGUUUUAGGCCUUGGGCUGGGUGUAGUGGAUAGAAUAGACAUUCUCUCUGCCUUCAGAGAUUAGAGUCUAGUAGAGGGUUUGUAUACAUUAAUUAUGAUAUAUUGUGGUCAGUGCUUUGAAACAGAAGUGUAGAGAGAGCACAUAAGAAGGAUACAACCUAAGUUUGAGGGAUCUGGCUAAAUUCUUGGAGCAAUGAAUGACAAAGCUGACUUAGAAAAAUGAGGAAUUGGUGAGUCCUGAAUACUAGUCUUUCUCCCCAGUUUCUGUCACCGCUUGAGGGGCAGAUUCUUUGCUUUUGUGUUCAAAGUACUAGACAUAGUAAUGCUCAAAUUUUUCUUAUUCUAAAAUAUUAAACCUUGCCCUAGAAUAUUGUGAUAAUUGCAACUUGUAUUAGAUGCUUUGAGGAUAUAAAAGUAUUGCAUCCUGAACUUCCCUUGGGUGCCAAAAAGGAAAUACUCUGAUAAUAUAUGGGCCAUUUGCUAAUGUUUUCUAAUCUUUCCCUGUUUCCCUGUCUAAACAAACUGGUCUUUGUUCAUCCUUUUCUUCUUUGCUGUAUGUAUAAGGGAUAGUGGAGUAGUAAUUGCUAGCAUAUGUUUUUAAAUUUAUGUCCUUUUGGCAUUUAAGAAUUUGCAGUAGCUUGUAUUAUAUUUAAUAAGUUGCUUCUCAAUCAUAUCUGCCAUAUACCUUAAUUCUAAGAUCCUUUACAGCAAAAAGACUUUGUUACUUUCAUGGGUGAAGGAAGCAAUCAUUCUCUGUUCAAGAUUUUCAUUAUAUACCUGUAUACCCGGAUUGUCCACUGAAAAGUCAGCAUUUGAAAAAGUAAAGGAUAGCUCGCUCCUCUGUUGAGAUUCACUGAAUGCUGAUCCUGCAACAUUGCAAAUAGAUGUGGCUUUCCCAAGGUGGUGUUCUGAUCACCACUUCAUUGUAGUAUAACCUCUGGACACAUAUUUUAGAAUAUAGAAUUCCAAAAGAAAAAGGUUGACUUUUCUUUCAUAUUUCAUGUAAAAACAAUCAAGUUCGAUUCCUUAAGUUCCCUGAAAUAGAGUUUCCCCUUUCUACUAAUAAUUCUUAAGGAUUGAGGUAACACCUAAAACAACAAUCUGUUUUUAACUGAGAAUUUUUUUUAAAAGGAAUUAAAUUAUAUCACUCGUUCCUGUCUUCAUUCAGAAAUAUGUACAUAUAUAUAACAAUACACUAAUAAUGUCUGUUUCGGGUAUAUCCAUCUGUACCAUUUUGUUUUAAAGUUUUAUUUGGAAUAUAUAUUCACAAGUUGCAAAAUAUACACACACAUAAACAGACACACAGGGAGUCCCUGUGUACUGUUUCCUUCAAUGGUAACAUCUUGCAUAUAGUACAAUAUCAAAUCCAGAAAAUUGAUGUUGGUACAAUCCAGAGUUUAUUCAGAUUUCACCAAUUUUACAAACAUUUAUUUGUGUGUUUAUAUAGUUACAUGUAAUUUUAUACAUAGAUUUGUGCAAUUACCACAAUCAAGUUACAGAAUUGUUUCAUUACAAGGCUGCCUUUAUAGCCACUUUCCCUUUCUUCCCUCCAUUCCUAACACCUGGCAAUCACUAAUCUCUUUUCCAUCUAAUUUUGUUAUUUUAAGAAUAUUACAUAAAAAGAAUCAUACAGUAUGUAACCUUUUAAGAUCCCCCUCCCCCCACUAAAAAUUCCCUUGGGGUUCAUUCAAAUUAUUACAUGUAUCCAUAGUUCCUUUAUUGCUGCAUAGUAUUACAUGGUAAGGAUGUAUGAGAAUUUAACCAUUCACUGUUUUUUUUUUUUUAAGGGGGGGCAGGGCAAAGAAAAUCUUAAUCACACUCCAUGCCCAGUGUGUGAGCCUGACGUGGGGCUCCAUCUCAGAACCCUGAGAUCAUGACCUGAGCCAAAAUCAAGAGUCAGAUGUUUAACUGACUGAGCCACCCAAGCGCCCCCUACCCAUUGACUCUUUGAAGGGCAUGUGGGUUGUUUCUAGUCUGAGGCUGUUAAAUAUGAAGCUGCUAUAUGUAACUUGUGUAUAGCUUUUUAUGUGCACACUUUUAUUUCUCAGAGUAAGUGUCCAAGAGUAUAAAUGCUGGGUUGCAUGGUAAGUGCAUGUUUAAUUUUAUAAGAAACUGCUAAUAUAUUUUCCAGUGACUACCACUUUAUAUCCCACCAACAAUGCAUGAGUGAUCUAAUUUUUCUUGCAUCCUUGCCAGCAUUAGGUGACUUUUAAAAAAUUUUAGCUAAUGUAAAAUGUUACCUUAGUUUCAGCUGUUGGUAACUUUUAUUUUAGCCAUUUGGGUAGUGAUACUUCAUUAUGGUUUUAUUUUUUAAAAAAAGAUUUUAUUAGUGUGAGCAAGCAUUUGUGAGCAUGUGCACAAGUGGGGUGAAGGGCAGAAGGAGAAGCAGGCUCCUCCCCGCUGAGCAGGGAGCCCGAUGGGGGACUAGAUCCCAGGCCCCUGGGAUCAUGACCUGAGCCGAAGGCAGACGGUUAACUGAAUGAGCCACCCAGGUACACCUUCAUUGGUUUUAACUUGAAUUUCCCUAAUAGCUAAUGAUGUUGAACAUCUUUUCACAUGCUCCACGUAUUUCAUGUUUUUUACCCAUUUUAUAACUGAUCUGUUUUUUUACUUUGAGCUUUGAGAAUUCUUUAUGCAGUUCACCUGUGAACAACACGAGUUUGAGCUGUACAUGGUCAACAGUAUAAUCUAGUCCUUUUUUCGGAUAGGUAGUUCGCAUAUAUUUUCUCCUUUUCUGUAGCUUGCUUUUUCCAACCCCAUAACAGGGUCUUUGGUGGUGCAAAAGUUUUUACUUGUGAUGAGUUCUAGUUUAUCAGUUUUUCUUUUUAUGCAUCAUGCAUUUACUGUCAAGUGUGAAAAUUUAGUCUAGCCCUAGCACUUCUAGGUCCUGAAGAUUUUUUAAUUUUUUUGAAAAGCUUUGCAGUUUUCUUACAUUUAAAUUCAUGUUUUUACCUGUUUAUUCGAAUUGCCAUAGCACUAUUUAAAAGGCUGCCUUUUUUUUUUUUUAAGAUUUUAUUUAUUAGAGAGAAUGAGCAGUGGGGAGGGGCAGAGGGAGAGAGAAAAAGAGAGGGAGAAGCAGACUCCCCACUGAGCAGGGAGCCCGGUGCGGGGCUCAAGCCCAGGACCCCGGAGAUCAUGACCUGAGCCGAAGGCAGAGCUUUAACCGACUUUACCACCCAGGUGCCCCUAAAAGGCUAUCUUUUCUGUAUUGCUUUUGCACCUUUGUCAAAAAUCGGUUGGAUUUGUUUGGUGUAUUUCUGGAAUCCCUGUUCCAUUAUAUGUCCCUCCACCAGUAUCACAGUGUUGAUUACUGUAAAUUUUAUUCUUUUUAAGAAUUGUCUUAGUCCUUUUGUCCUGUUCUUAGUGUUUUGCCUUUCCAUAUACAUUUUAGAGUAAGCUUGUAUUGGUCUACAAGAAAAUUUUGCUGGGGGUCCCUGGGUAGCUCAGUCAGUUAAGCGUCCCACUCGAUUUUGACUCAGGUCAUGAUCUCAGGGUUGUGAGAUCAAGCCCUGCAGCAGUCUCUGUGCUCAGUGGGGAGUCUGCUUGGGAUUCUCUCCCUCUCCUUCUGCCCCUGCACUUGCUCUUUAAAAAUAAAUAAAUCUUAAAAAAAAGUCUUGCUGGAGGCGCCUGGGUGGCUCAGUCAUUAAGCGUUUGCUUUUGGCUCAGGUCAUGGUCCCAGGGUCCCGGGAUUGAGCCCCGCAUUGGGCUCCCUGCUCUGCGGGAAGCCUGCUCCUCCCUCUCCCACUCCCCCUGCUUGUGUUCCCUCUCUUGCUGUGUCUCUCUCUUUCAAAUAAAUAAAUAAAAUCUUAAAAAAAAAAAAAAAAGCUUUAAAAAAAUCUUGCUGGAUUUUGAUGGGAAUUAUGCUAAAUUUAUAGAUUUGGAAGAAUUGACCUUCCAAUCCAUGGCACGUGGUACAUUUCUGUACUUACUUGGGCAUUUAAUCUUUCACCAACUUUGGUGAUUUUCAGCAUACAGGUCUAUUCAUGUUUUUUUAGAUUUACACCUAACUAUCAUUUCCGUUGGAGUGAUUGUCAAUGGUAUUGUGGUUUUUUUGUUUCCAAUUUCGUUUUGAAUAUCAAGCAAGAAUCCAGCAAAAUGGAACCCUGAAAUGUGUCUUUUUAAGCUGUCGCCUUUUCUUUCAGCUUUCUCCUACAAAUAGCGUUACUAGUCCUUUUAGAAUUUAAGUAAGGGUAGAAAGGUUAUGUUUUUUAGUCCCUCCUCCCACUUGAUAUCCAAUGUAAAAAUAAACCCUUUGACAUGUGAUCAUUACUGCCACUUGAAAACUUCCAGGACUGGGGAGUAGUCUCUUAAUAUAGAAAGGAGUUCAUUUCAGUGAUGGAUACUGAUUCUCUGUUCAUUUUGCUGUUGACUCACGGUCAUUGAAGACCUCCACAUUUUUCCCUGCUUGGCAUUUUCUCGCCUUUUUCUUUCAGAUACAGGGAUCCAGAGUCCCACCUCAAUGUGCCCUCUUUUCAUGUAACAUCAUAAAAUGAUGGUCUGGAUUCUUUAUUCUGUGCCCCUUUUCCAGAGAGACAUUAAGUGUAGCGUAGCUCUAGUUUUUAAUGACACAAACCUUCCAGAAACUCAGACACCUAAAGGUGAUGGGAGUGCAGAAGCAGAAAGGUGCCUAAGGAAUUCUAUCAGCUUGUAGGGGAAGAGUGUCUUGUCUGGAUGGUAUGAAGGAAAUGACCAAUAACCAACUUCCACCAAGCACUGGACUCUCUUAUAUGUGAUUUUAACCAAGUUUUAAGAUGCUAUCUAAAAUGUUUCUACACACAAUAGGCUCAAAGGAAUUUUGAUUUCCCAGUAUUACCCAGUUAGCAGAUGGUCCAAAGAUAAUAGACACCAGAAUCCCAAGUUGUGUUGGUUAAAAAUUAAGAUUCUAGAGCCAUAUUAGAGACUAAACAAUUUAUGGUGUGGGGUUAGAGGAGUGGAACAAGCUCUUUGAGGGCUUAUUUAGCAUUCCAAACUUUUGGAGGUGAUCUUUGCCUUUUUCCCCCCUGCUUCUGUAUUUUGAGCACCUUAUAGUUACAAUGCAUAUUUGGGCAACAGAUGAAUAAGAACACAUGUAAACAGAACUCCAAUGCAAGGUAGAAUGAUACACAAUCAGAAGUACAAAGAACUAUGGGUUUUCAAAUGGGAGAGCACACCUGGCUAAGAUGAGAUCAGUGAAGGUUUUAAGGAUUAGACAGCAUUUACAAUAACUGGUAGAUCAGUAAGAUUUUCUUUGAUUGUAAUUUUUAUUAUAUAUAUUCAGAACAGUAUUCAUUGCUCAUUUAAUAUGGCUAUUCACAACUCUAAAGAAAUUUGAGCAACACUGCGUAUUAAGAUGAAAAGUUAUUACAUGCUGAAUCAUUUUUUUUUUAAAUUUAA